UAUUGAUAUAAAAACAGCAGAGCUGAUAUCAAUCAAAAUCUUGUUCCGGCAUGAUCCGCAAUUGAGUCGCCUCAUAAUGGGUUGCCUUAGCCCACGGGACGCCCCCGCCGUGACGGCUCUGUUGAUGUUGCUGUUGUUAUCGCCGUCGCCAUCGGCGUCGGGAAAAGUAACAGUGUCGGUGUAUUACGAAGCUCUGUGCCCUUUCUGUGCGAACUUCAUAGUGUACCAUUUGGUGAAGCUUUUUGAAAACGGACUCAUCUCCGCCGUCAAUCUCCGCAUGAUCCCUUGGGGCAACGCCUGGAUCCAACCCGACGGCGCCUUCUCUUGCCAGCAUGGACCAGAUGAAUGUAUGUUGAACGCCAUUGAAGCGUGCACAAUUUCAAUUUACCCUGAUACAGAAAAACAUUUCAGAUUCAUCCAUUGUGUUGAGGGAUUUACAGUGCAAAACAGACACAAUGAAUGGACUAAGUGUUUUGACAUUGCUCAGUUGAGUGCUAUACCCAUAGAUUGCUACAGAAAUGGCCAUGGAAAACUGCUUGAAAAAAGCUAUGCUUAUGAAACAACUCAACUCAACCCACCUCACCGAUUCGUUCCAUGGGUUAUUGUCAAUGAUAAGCCUCUCCAAGAGGACUACCAAAACUUCAUGGCAUAUGUCUGCAAAGCUUACAACGGCAGUCCUGCACCAGAUGCUUGCAGGUCUAUAAUGCUCGACGACCGCCAUUACCUGCAGAGUGACAAUGUUGGCAGUCAAGUUUGCUACGUAACUCCGCCAAGAAACGCGACAUCUUAAACGCUGGCAAGGAGAGAUCUCAAGAUCAAACCAGUCAUAAAUAUGGAUACUAGUUUCUGUUUCAAAAUAACAGUACAAGAAGAAAACUAUAGAGUAUAACUAUUUUAGUUUCAGAGUUAUGAUAAGAUGAUGCUAAUGUUUGUAUGUUGAUGUAAUCUCGGAUCGCUCGGAUAGAGCGAAGUUUGGAACUUAGUUAAAAUGGUCAAUGUCUGAUGUUUUCCUCAUACCAAAAACUAAGAAACUACCACUCUCUAUGUACUAAAAAUUGCACACUUCUUCAACAUGAUUGGCCAAUUCAACUA